AACGAGACCAGCUCCACGCAACAAGAGUUGCGCAUUCCGUCAAGAUGCAGAACCCCUCCCAAGGAGUCGCUCCCCAACUGCAGCCUCACGUCCAUCUCGUGUCCGGCUACCGCUUUCCACAUGUUGCGACACUCGGCAUCGAACAGGUAUACCACUACCUCUUCGAAGCCCCCAAAAUCGUCAAGACGCUCUCGCCCAUGUCAUGGCACUACGUAACACCCCCGCAAGACGGCACGCUCUGGCUGGAAUGGAUUCCUCUGGAGAAGAUGGACCACCCGUACUCGUCCGAUGGCUACAUCUGGGCCGACAUGGAGCAUUCAUUCAGACAAGAGUACAAUGGCUAUACAAUUGAGUUGCGUGUGCAGGCGGUGGGCUAUCGCCCAGGCCAUGAUCAGAUGGCAACUCAUGCCCGGACACGCUACCACUUCAUCGCCAAGAGCCCUCAAGUGGCCGCUGCGAACCCGGAUCCGAGUUUGUGGCUUGUACAUUACCACUCGGCCGAUCCUAAUCAGAUCAUGCCGGCUAGUCAGGUGCCAGUCGCUCCGCAGACGCAGCAGAUCAUCACACAGAGAAGGUGGCUGGAGAGCCAAGGGAGGUUAGAUCGGAGGGACUUUAUGCUUCAUGAUCGAGAACAUUGGCCGACUCUGAAUAUUCCCGGUCAACCAACUAUGCAGCAGGCAGCACAUCCUGCUGGAACGCCACAGAGAGGCUAUGGCGCAUACCCUCAGCAAGGCCCGCCUGCGAAGAAAGCGCGUACUUCGGGACCAUCUGGACUGGCCAUGCCUGGAUCAAGCGAGGGCUUGCCGGAUAUGACUAUCGAGGCAGAGGAAGAUACUUCACUGGGAGAUUAUUUUGAUCACCUCACACAGCGAGACAUCAGCUUGGCACGGUACACACAACAUCACCGAUGGAUGGAAGAAGUCUUCUCCUCACCCUACGCCACGAGUCAGAUUGUGCCUCCGGACCUUGGUUUGGGACUGAUGGGUGAGCUCAAGGGAUUGACUGAAGGAAUUCUUGCCCCGCCCAACACAGAUGUGAGAGAGGUCGACAUGCCCAAGCCAGCCAAGGCCAAGGAGGCCGAGCCUUUUACCAAUUUGACGCAAGAUCAGGUCGAAGAGUUCAGCAAGCGCGUUGCGAAGCAUCUGGAGCAGGGACAAGCUGAAAUUGAGAAGAUGAAAGCCGAUCAUGCGGCAAAGAUGGCGGAGUGGAGACAGAAGAAGACACCGGUGCGACCACCUCAAGCUGCGUGAUUUGCGCAAGGAGAUGAGAUGGAUAGUACCUAGAUACUCUCGUGAGCUUAGCGUGGCGUCUGGAGGUCGAAUUAUUGAUUACUACUUUAUUCAGCCUAGCUCAAUAUAUGAGGUGAGCACUUGAAGCAGGGGAAAUUCUCUCUCUAAGGUGCAAGUACUUUGCCUCGCUUAAAUAGCCUGAUGCCUGGGCCCCAGCACAGGUCUAGGGUGUAGGGCGUUGAUAGCUGAGGAUCCUCUUUUAUGAUACUAGGUAUGUACCUUAGGCGACAGGUCCGUUCCUUCUCGGUAUGCCGACUGAGUACAGCAAUAAAGGUACAUAGCCCAUUCGGCUUCAUCAGCUGAUAAGUAAUGUACCUGCGCGUUAAGAGUAGUUCAGGUACAUGUUCUAUGCAGCCAGGUUCCCCUGAUGGAAAGACAGGCGUGUUUUAUCCUUGCUUUACCUAUUAUGUUCUAUGCAUGAAGGAUCAACUACAUCUAUCUACCUUACAGUGGAAAGAAGUGCAAAGUAGUAGGUAGUUGCAGGCUAUUGUUGCGCGCUGGAUUGGGAAAG